AUGUUAGUGGUAUCUUUCUGUUCUCACCCGUCGAUCGCUGAUCAACUUUUCAGCACAGUGGAGACGGAGGUCUAUAUGCUGAGUAACCGUGCGUUUCAGCAGGUAACACCGAACACUACUACUGCACUUGAGCCGUGGCAGUCCAUCAACAGUGCAGUUCUCAACGUGAUUGCGGACUCUGCGCCAGUAUCGUCCGCUUUACCGAACUCCCUUCAACUCACUAUACCAGCUGGUGUCAGUGGAGCCGUAGGUUUUGCCAACCCCGGCUAUUGGGGUAUAAAUGUGAAUUCGUCUUGGGUGUACAAUGCUUCAUUAUACUAUCGCUUUCCCUAUGAAUCCUCCUUUGCGGGCAAUCUCACCAUCGGGCUCCAGGCUUACUCCGGGGAGGUUUUUGCCUCCAAAGUCAUACCUAUCGACGGUGCACAAACAAACUGGACCUAUGUCAAAAUCUUCCUGCAGCCCUCAGCCUCAGCACGGACUACUAACAACACCUUCUUUGUAACUGUCAACACCUCAGGCAAUGCUGAAGAAACCAUCAACUUUGCUUUCUUGUCGCUCUUCCCACCUACAUACAAAGAUAGGCCCAAUGGGAUGAGGAUAGAUAUCGCGGAAACACUGGCUGAAAUGGGUCCUGCUUUUUUCCGCUUCCCAGGUGGUAACAAUCUUGGUCAAACUACUGCGACCAGAUGGCAAUGGAAUGCUACCGUAGGACCUCUGCUCAAUAGACCGGGGCGGGUAGGAGAUUGGGGAUAUGUCAACACGGAUGGUCUUGGUCUUCUCGAGUACUUGACAUUCUUUGAGGACGUUGGCAUGGAGCCCAUAAUGGCUGUCUGGGCGGGAUAUUCGCUUGGAGGAACCAGUCUUCCCGAGAAUGAGCUCGCACCUUACAUCCAGCAAGCGAAGGACCAGAUCAACUUCGUGAUAGGUGAUCCUGCCACGAGCGCCCUAGCUGCAUUGCGCGCAUCACUCGGACAUGCAGAACCUUUUUAUUUGCAAUACGUUGAGGUCGGAAAUGAGGACUUCUUUGCUUCCACCACAUGGCGCGACUUUGUCGGAAAUCUGAGCGCUGAAUUCCCUCAGCUCAAGUAUAUCGCCACGGCAUAUCCCUUCAAUCCUAUCAUCUCUCCUGACCCCUUGCAAUAUGACGUUCACGUAUAUCAGACCCCCAGCUGGUUCGCGGAGAAUUCCUUUUACUAUGACAAGGCGAUACCUGGUCAGCGUAAUGGAACAAGAUACUUCGAAGGAGAAUAUGCGGCAAUAUCGUUGAACGAGACCAAUUUGUAUGGCACCCCGGAUGAUGGCCGUCUCCUUUAUCCUACCGUGCAAAGUUCAACGGGGGAAGCAGCUUUCAUGACUGGCCUUGAGAGGAAUAGCGACAUCGUUUUCGCUGCGUCAUAUGCCCCUCUUCUGCAGCAUGUAAACUCAUCUCAGUGGGUAUACUUGAUUAGUUUUGACGCGGCAGGAGUUGUUCGGUCCACAAGCUACUAUGUGCAGAAGCUUUUCAGCCUUAAUAGAGGUGAUCUGUAUCUUCCAAGCUCGCUGCCCACAUACAACGGUACGCUAUUUUGGACAGUAUCUCGUUCAUCCGUUACGGGAGAUGUGUUCAUCAAGGUCCGUCAACUGACCUCUGAUCUCUUGAACACCACCCACGAUGCGUUGCAGAUUUCUAACACAGUUGCUACUCCUGCUGAGAUCGCCUUCGAGCUGCCCUUUCCAGUUAUUGCGGAGUGGGGCACGCUCCAGCUAUUAGAAGGAGCCCAGAACGCUAGCAACACUCCAGAGAUGCCUGGUGCAGUGGUACCUGUGACGAGUUAUAUAGCUACGGGCAAUUCGUUCGAGUACACCGCACCUGGAUACAGUGUCAGUGUUCUUACGGUGGGGACGGCCGACUAG